UGUUUGAGUCAAGAAUGGGGGACUAUGAAGCCAAACUCCAGGCUUCGGAUACUUCUCCUGCUCACCGCAAUAUUGCAUCGCUUUCCCAGGACUUCAGAACAGGAUAAUCACCCGUCAGAUGGUAAUGAGGAUGAUAACACAGAAAAGAGUUGGUUGGAAAAGUUUGGACAUGGGAUUUGUCAGAACGACCAAGGUGGUCCGCUGGUGACGUGGAUCGGUGGUCGCGAGACUGUCAUCGGCGUGGCUUCGGCGUUCCUCGUCACCACCAAAAUGGAGUGCAAGGGUCCCUUCAUUUUUGCCAGCACCGCUUGCUCUAGCAAGUUAAUUCUUUGUGUUAUGAGAAGUAAAUUGCGACGGAGUGCAGCAGACUGUGAUCAAGUAGCUCAAGAAUCCGGACAACGUGUUGUCGAAACUGUAAUAGAUUGGGAAAAUAAUAAGAAACAUAGAAGAUCGGGAAUUAGAAAUAAUAUGAGUGCAUUUUGGAAAAUAUUCACAAGUACGUCUAAGGUGGAUGUAGAAACCACAAAAGCUAUAAACGCGAGUACGAAGUCAUAUCUAGAUUUGAGUGUUAUCAAACGCGUUUUUUCUCUGUUUACGCCUAAUGUGCAGGCAUCAAAAUCACAAAUACGACGUUUGGACGUAAGUAAACAAACAGAAAAUAACUCAUUCAAUGAUAAAAUAAACGGGACAAACAAACUGGAAAAACCGACAAAUUUAAGUGACUGGGUUUCGAAGGGUCUUGAUCAAUUCUUUAGUCAGAAAGUCUUAGUAAGUAAUGAAACAGAUUCGGAAGUCGAAGAAAACCUUUAUGGAGGAAUUCAUGAUGCACGAGUUCAUGAUCCUGAAUUUCAUGACGACGGAGACGAAACAUACCUUAGUGAAAGUGAUCAAGACGAACCCGAUCUUGGUGAUCAUGCACAAGACACAACAGGUCACGCGAAAAAUCAUCCAAGCGAAGUAACUAGCCAGAAAUCUAAAAUUGAACCAGUUGAACAAGGUCCAGAAUCUGUAAGUCAUCAGAAUAGUUACAGUAAGGCAAAGAUAGAUAAAAACUGAAACAAUGGAGCGGAAAUUUGUGAGCCAUUAGCCGGUUUUAAAUCCGGUUAAAAUGCAGGUGGGGUGUUUGGGUUUUAACCCACUGCCCAUCUCUGGGCCCUUACAAAAAUCAUCCAUAACAAGAAUGGUAAAAUGAAAAACGGCUCUAAAUGACUCGACGAUGGAAAAUGUAACUUUACAGACAUUUUGAACAUGCUUUAACUGAAUAAAUAAUUAUUUAUUAACUUCAUUCCUAUUUUUGUCGAAUU